CGUUUCUUUUUAUUUUCAGUUCCACAAGAUCACGAAGACUACUAUCGACUGGACCCCAGUAAAUAUAACAUAGAAAAUGCCUAUGAUAUCUAUAGAGCGCUGUGUUGCCGCAACACAAGCGAUACAAAACUCCUAUUUUUGCUUAAUGGUCUGGCAACACUGUGCAAGCAGCAACAGACGGAGGCGCAUAAUCCAAAAAAUUAUUUAGGCUUUAACACAGAAGAGUUGCUCUAUUGUUUGAGCGUCUCGCUAAUCCACACAUUUACGCAAGUGCGUGCUGCCGCGUUGCGCACCAUCCGUUAUGUGCUGGCGACACCACGUGAUGUCAAAAUAUUCAACUCAAUGCAGCUGCAACAUUUAGUAUGCCGCUCCAUCGAUGUGCUACUGAAGAACGAUGAUGAACGCGUGCAAGCACUGAAAUUGAUUCGUAAGAUGCUGGCCAUUUCGCCGGUCGACAUCAACCCGGUGCUCGUGCGUUGCCUGGUGUCACUGGCCGAUAGCGGCAUUGAAGACGGCGAUAACAUGUUGCGCGCCUGCCUAGCCACACUAUGUGAGUUCGCGGUGUUGAAUCCUGUGCUGUUGAUCGUUUGCGGCGGCGUCACAGCAAUCACACGCAACGUCCUGGAAUGUCACAAUCCACGUAUCGCCGAGAGCCUGUGCGGGGUACUGCUGUAUUUGCUGGAGUGGCCGCAGACGCGCAACAUAUCGGGCGUGCGGCUGGAUUGUCUCGCGGCGCCCUACUGCGAUUUCACAUACCGUUUGGGCAUCAUGAACAAAAAUAAGGAUGCACGUGAGCUGCGUUAUACUAGUUGCCGCCUGGCAUUGCUGUCGGUUUUGCGCAGUUGGACCGGUACAAUUGAGUUCUGCAAUCCCAGCAAACCCUCGGGGUUAAAAGCAAUAGUGGAUACGCUGUAUCUAAAUCAAAUGGAAGUGAGAAAAGCAAUAUUGGAUUUGCUUUACGAGCUUUUGAAUGUACCACAACCGCCCUGGACGGAUGAUUACACGAUAGCCUUGCAGACUGUCGAUCCGUCAGACUUUCAGGAUGCCUGGUUGCUCAGCAAUGGCUUUGUUGCAAUGGAAGGACGCUUUAUCUUGCCGAGUUUGGCCGCACGUGCGCCAAAUGUUUGCGAGCAACAUUUGUCAUUACUGUUAUACUGUUUUCUAGAGACUGGACUCUUAAAUGCACUCGUCGAGGUGAUCAGAUCGAGCGAUACGCAUCUGUCGGUGCGCGCCACUGUGCUAGUUGGUAAAAUUCUGCAUUUAAUGCAUACACAUUUACCGGCGGAUAUCUGCAGCACCAGCCCGGCACUGCCGACACUAAUUUCGCACGCAACUCAGGGUAAUCAAAACGCCACCGCCGCAAUAUCAGCUUUACAAAAUUACCAAAAAAUGCUACGCAAUCGUCCUGCAUCAUGUAGUUUAUUUUUGGAUAGUAUUAUACAAGGGGGAUCCUUAAUACAAACACGUCUGUUUCGUCGUGAAAUCAACGCUCAGGAUCAUGCACGUUCGUUUAGUGGCAAUGCAUUGCAAUCGCCACCAGUCGGCGGUCAUUUGACCAGUGGCGGUACACUGGGUAUUGCCACUGGUGGUGGUCUGCUCACCAGUGAUCGGCAGCGUCUCGACUCGGUCUCAUCCAGCGAUGAGUCGAACGUGCAACCAUCCUCAUCGCGGCGUGCAAGCUUCCGUUUCAAGCGAAAACUAUUACCGUUCUUCGAGAACCAACGUGUGGCUAAAUUAAUACGUGAUUCGAAUGUAUUGUCGUCGCCGGACGAUAGUGGUUGGGACUGGGAUAUUAUUAUCACCAUAUUACGCUCGAACAUAAUGCGCAGGAUCGACGAUACGGUCAACAAUUUCCUCAAAUCGCUCUUGGACUAUUACAAGCCGAGUAAAAAUCGCUUUUCUCACCAAGACUUGGGCCGACCUGGAAGAACUAUGCCAGCGUUCGUUAUUGCAGGCUUGGAUUUCAUUGAUUGGCUGCUGGCUAAUCCGAUGAUGGAGAACAUACGCAUACUCACCGAUUACUUUUCGGACAUCAGCAAACAAUUGCUGGCGGUGAGCACAUCAAAUCGUGCACACGACUGCCUCUUUAGUCCACAACACAUGAGUAGUACAAUGUGUCAGCAGUAUUUUUUAUACAUUGGCCGCAUGUGUCGCGCACAAAACGGUAUUCGUAUACUAACCGACACGGCUGUGUUUGAGCACUUGAAAAAUUUGGUGCGCAAUACGGAUCAUGUCUGCUAUGUGAAGCUAGCUGUCUCCGCUCUAGAUUACUCCUCAGAAUCGGUGACACUUAAGGUGUUGGAGAAGGCUUUAACUGCGGCAAAAGUGCGUAGUGGUCGCCUGUAUGCCACACAAUUUUUGACCGUGCUACUGCGUGCACGUUUGCACAAUUUCGAGGUCUGGGGCAUACCACUGAUCAUACAGCAGACGAAAGAUCCCGAUCGUAGUGUCGUUUUGGCGGCGUUAGAUGUGCUUGAAGAGGCUUGUCACGAAAAGUAUUAUCUCGAGGAGAUUGUUAGCUUAUGGCCGGAUCUAAAGGCACUUGGCGAUGGCGGACGUUUAAUAAUGGCGCGUUACUAUUCACUGUCGCGUGGUUUGAAUCGUUUGCAGGCGCGCAUACAAGAAGAGAUUGAGUACUGGAAGAGCGGCUAUAAUAAACGCUAUGUCCUGCUUGUCGAGGCUAAUACACAUUCCAGUUUAACAUUGCACAUACGCAAUGAAGAUGGGCACUAUAGUCGUCGUAAUUGCAAUACCCGACCGAUUAUAAUUCCUCCAAAUAUUCCACCUCAUCUCUACGGGCAAAUGGUACAAACGGCUCAAGGUACAACGGCAUUGCGCAAAUAUGGCGAUUUACCGCAUUUGGUUGACGUGAUUAGUCGUGGCAAGUGCACGGAUGAUGCCGAGUGUCUGGAAUUGAAGUCGGCCAUUUGGGCCGUUGGACACGCAUCGACGCACUCGAAUGGAAUUGAAUAUUUCGUAGAAUCGGGAUCGAGAAUCUACGAGAAAUUGGUCAUACUGGCAACAAAAUGUGUCGUAUACUCAAUACGAGCCACUUGCUUCAAUGUGCUGGGUCUGAUUGGCGGUACAAACGACGGUGCUAAUAUACUCUACAAGCUAAAUUGGUUGAGUGUGCGGCACGAUCGCAACACAGUUUGGCCAGUGCAUCAGCCGGAAGAUUGGAUGUCGAAUAACUACACGCCGGUGCGGCAUCAUUACGAAGAUAUGCCCCCGUACAAUUACACAGGCAUUGAUGAUCAAAUCGACGGCUCAUAUACGGGUAGCUAUUGGAAUUUGCUCUUGAGCAGCAGCAGUACGACGGGUCAUGAUGGCGGCGCCGCCAGCGCUAGCUCCGAAGCGCCAGAUGCUAAUACCACGGCGGACAGCAGUAAGACUUGCGAUGAUAUAGCCACGACAAAGCCGCCUCAACCGCAACCACAACACCAGCCGACGCUGCAGCAAACGGUUAGCGCCAAAUCGAAAACCCUACCGGAGAGCACAUAUAUGCGCCAUAGCAAACAUCAGCGCUCACUGUCGGAGUCGAAAACCACGGAUGUGAUCAGUCUAAUAAGCGGCACGGCCAUCGGCGCUAUGGGCGUGCAACAUCCGGCGCAUCGCAUACGUUACAACUCGUGCACCGAUUCGAAUACAUCGGGUGUGAGCAGUUGUGAGUCGGUGACCAUGCGCAUACAGAAUGUGGGCGAUUUUCAGCAAUUUCCCUUGAGUCCUAUACCGAGCAUGUCGAAUCUGGUUGUCGAUGUGCAACCGCAAAGAAGUCUCCUACUGCGUGGCACCUCCUUGGUUGGUGCUUCAUAUCUGAAUACCUCACUCAGUCCGGCGGAUAUAAAAGGCUAUGCGCAGCUACGUUCAUUGCGAAAGUACUGCCGACCGAUGGUCUCCGAGUCGGCGACAGACGUUUACGACAUUAUCGAUCGCAUCGAGUUUCUCUCGCUCGGUUCGUCGGUGAUGCGUCCACGCAAAUCUUCCUUUGGCGAAUCGCAGCGUCGCAUGAAAGUGCGCAGCUUGGAUCGGCAAUCGUCGCUGCGCAUACCGCGUUUGGAUUUUGAGGAAUUGCAGCAGGUACCGUUGCCAACACUGGCGGCACCAAAGUUUUUAGCACAAAACGAUUUGAAAGGCCCUUGCUAUGCAGGUAUUUGUCUUCCGAAAAAUCUGCUUGAUCUCUUCCCUACCCGCAAUGUGGGACGCACCUACGUCUCACGCGACAUACAAGAUCAGGAUUUGAUGGAUAUAAAUUUGCUUACGGCGAAUCAACAGUUCCUCAACGAUUCUCUGAACAAUGAAUGCGGCGAUGAAUCUUCGGUUAUAUCGUCGCUUUCGGACGUGUCGUCGGUGAGUAAGCGUUCGAAAUGGCUGGGCGCCAAGCACGGACGCAACAAUUGCCUCCACUGCUCACGUGCACGACGCAAUCGCACACAUACACAACGCCUGGAUAGUGACGCCGCCGCCGCGGGUGCCGCUCUCACCACAGGCGGUGAACUUUAUACCAGCAGUGGUACGUUAGUGGGUGCCACAACAACUACACACGUUGCGCGUAAGACCAACAAACAGCCACCAGUCGCACAACAACAACUGCCAAGCAUACAACAGUCGAGUACGAAGUCACAAGCGCCGCAGCAAAACGCGCAAAGCUCCUCCACAAUACAGCUAUCGGACAUCUCAUUCAACUCACCGGAAAGCAUACUGAGCGAGGAGAGCAUGCCCGAUCGCCUGACCGCCAACAUAUUGUUCAACGUGCAACGUCUGGCCAACCCGGUCAGUGCGCGGCUGACGAAGAAGGCACUGCUGGAGCUGAAGCAGAAGCAUCCGGCGGCCUUCCAAGAUAUUUGCCUCUAUUCCGAGGUGUGCAAAACGCUGGGGCGCAGCAGUUAUCGCAUGAAUGCGCGUCGAUUUCUACAGGAACUAUUUCUCGACUUGAAUUUCGACUCGUUCUAUGCGGAGCCCUCUGAUAUUCUACUGAAAAAGGAGAAGUAUAUGGAUUUCGAGCGCGACCGCAAUGAAGUGGAGCGCUUGCAUGAGCUGAGCGGCAGCUCGCGCGCAACCAAAGGUAAGAGUGGUGCGUCCGCUGCAUUGGGCGCUAUUGGCGCUGGUGGUAUUGGUGCGGAAGUAAGCGGUGGCACUACGAAGGUAUUAACAACACAAAGCAUAGCCGGCUUGGGCUAUAUGCCGACGCACAAGACGGUAGCGCAUCUCAGCGGCAAGCUGCAACCACUGGCUAGUGUUUACGAGACCAGCUGUGAAAACCUGCUGCAGGAUGGCACAACAAAGGCUGAACUAAAUGUGAAAACGAAAUUAAAAGGUGAUAAUAAUCGUGAGGACAAAAUGGAUGCGCGUACAAAAGCCAAAACGCACGGCAACACAUCCGCCUCGGUGAGUGUCACUUCGUCGUUGGGUCGCGAAAUGCGCAAUGAGUUGCGCAUCACCUCCGAUAGCGAUGAAAGCGAUUAUGAAGACACGAAUCGUUCGACGCAGUGGAUUGCGGCACCAUCCGUGUUGACCAACGACGACGUGGACGAAGUGGAUGGCAUUGCGAUACAACGGUGUUCCCUCACGCCUGCCUCGUCGACGACGGCGGCAUUUUCAUGCAAUACGACCGGCACAAACACCGCCUCCAGUCAGCCGACGAUCAGUAGCAGUAAUUGCAGCAGCGAACAAACGACGAACAGCAGCAAUCGGAGCAGUAUUUGUACGAUAUCGCGACAACCGACGAUGGCCAGCGGAUUUUCGGACAACAAUAUGACGGAGCACAUUAGUAUAAGCAGCAAUAGCAACAUCAACAACAACAAUAACAACAAUGCGAAUGCUAAUGUGAAUACGAGCUGCAGCAGCACGAAUUUGAAUGCGAAUAUAAGUACGAGCGUGAGCAGCGGCAGCGUCGGCACGAGCACAAGCACGGGCAUCAGCAGUUGUGGCGCCGGCAUCGGCAUCGGUGGCGCGAACAACACGGGUGGAACGAGCAUAUUAGAAAACCAAAAUAAAAAGUAUACACGCGGCCGUUUUUAUACGCUUGAAUUGGACUUGAGUUGUACGAAAAAUAAAUUUCCCAUUACAGAUCGUAGCCGCAAUAGUGCAAAUUGGAAAACGGAAAGUGCUGUCGCCGCCGCCGCCGCUGCCGCUGCCACAAUGCCCGCCGCCAACACCACCACCCACAUUGAUGGCGCAAUUCUGCGGCGUAGCAGCUGUACGCAGCAAGGAGUUGACGCAAAUGGUGGACCGUUCACGAUGGGCGCAACAAAGCAAACGCCAAAUUCACUAACAACAAAAAACACCGGCACCACGUCGACAGCAACUAGCAGCAGCAACGCCAAUUUCCACUAUCGUCUGCCCAUCAUGCGGCAAUCAUACACAGCGGGCAUUACGCCACAAAUGCAAUACAUACACACUGAAGAAGGCAGCACUGAAACGACACUCGGCACCACUACAACCACUACCACUACCAUUAGCAACAACAGCAACGCUCCCGCUCCCGCUGGCGUCGCUGCGAUUGACCCAUUGAACGCGAAACACAAUGUUGCUGCGUGCAAUCAGCCAACAACGAGCGCGACGAGUAACGCUAAUACACUAACAAUAACUAAGAGCUUGGCGGCGUCGCUGGCGAAGCCCAUCGGCAGUUUGUACUGUGAGAAACGCUUGCAGGCGCAUAAAAUGGACACAAAAGCCACUGACACUUAAAUGCACCAAAACAAAAAACCAAUCGACACUUCUCAAUUCAAUAUUAUUUCCCGCUUACCCACCACCCCACCCACUUUGUUGGUCUCCUGCCUGUCAACAGCUGAUUGAAACCGUAUUUAUUUUUGAGUUCUUGCUUCUAGCAAUAGGGAUUGAAUUAUGCCUAGUAUGCAUGGGACUAUAGACUAAGUUCUAAAAAGUGAUUUCUUUUGUCAAGCUCAAGUCGAGAGCAGUUUUAUAGUGUUUGCUUAGUUCGGUUGGCUUAUUGAAGUUUGUGUAAGAGCGUACAUUUAUUACACGAUUUUCGAAAAGUAUCUGCAAUUGUUAGCACUGUACAUUUAUAUAUAUUUAUAAGCGACUUUAUAUACUUCGCUAUUAGAUUUUUUCGAAACUGCUACUACUUUUCCGCUUAAGUUCAAAGUUUUUCAUAAAAUCACUAAGCUAAUAGAAACCGAGCUUCAAUUAACUGUGUAAUUAUAGCAAGAAAUAUAUUUUCAAACAAAAAUUAAAUUAAAUAGUAAACAAAAUUAUUAUUAAAAGCAGGCUCUCCAGCUAGCACUGGGUAUCACUAAAUUGAAAAUGAAAAUGGCUUGUAUUUUUCUUGAAAAAUUUGCUAAAUUUGUGUUGCAAACGUAUAUUCUAAAGUCUAGUAUAUGUAAAUACAUAUAAACAAAAUGUAUCCGAAGCAAUGAUUGAAAAAAAUUAAAAAAAAAGAUAUAAAUGCAUUGUAUAGUUACAGUUAUAUAACAAUUAAGACUACUUUGGUUGAUGAUAUUUCUUUGAUUACACGCCAUAUAUUGCAUUAUUAAGCGCAUACUUGCUGCUAGCGUGUGCAAAAAGCAAAAAUAAAUCGGAUUUGUUGAGAUGUUGGCGCCGUGAGUGAUGUAGUUACAGUUAGAAAAAAUCGUAGGAAUAAAUAAGCAUAAAAUUUUGAAGUAAAAUAGGCACACUGCAGGAAAGUAGUGGGAGAGUACAUAUGCAACUGUUAUAUAUGGUCCAUUUAAAGCUACAAACUGUUAGGAUUACAGACAUAAGAAAGGUAGAACGUGGUUAGUAGACGUUUUAUGGCUGAUUCACAUACAAAAUUUGCUACAUAUGCUAAGUUCGAUGCAUGCUUUUAUAUGAUUUCAUUCACAUCGAAGCAAUGCAAAGCGAAGAACAAUGUUGGACAAUCCCAACUUUUUACGCCUUUCCAAGCACCAAGCAACUGGUCGUUUUUAUUAGACAGAAGCACGGAUUCGCUUUCUUCGCUGUUGUUGCAGCAUGAAUUGCUGAAUUGUCAAACACAGCAAGUGAAGUUUUGUGUGAAUCGGCUAUUAUUUCUGAUAUUAACAUUAUAUUGUCAUCAUUUAACAAAAUUUUUGUAUGAAAAAUUUAAUUCCACUAUCUGUUUGCAGGAAAUAUAAACAUUAUGCAACAUUUAACGUUGAAAAACAAUAAUUUGUGAACGCAUAAUAUGUGGUUAAUUUUCUAGGUUGCCUAUAAUUUGCAUAAAAACUAUAUUAAUAUUAUUUUUGACUUCAUCGAAUUUUGUACUUGUAGCCGGACAAUUCUAAUUUAAAUAUUUUUUUCCAAUAUCCUGAACUCUCCUAGUUUUUCCUGUACAACAGUUGUUCCUCGAUAAUGUUUUCUAAAGCAAUAUAACUACAUACAUACAUGCAUAUUUGUGUACUUUGACGGUGGCGAAUAGCUAUUUUCGAAUUUAUUUUGGGAAAAGCUAAGUUUUUUUUUUAAUAUUUAAUUUCAAUUAAUGUUUAACGCGAAUCGAACAGACAAUUGGCUUAAAUCAGAUAGAGAAAUGCAGAAAGAAAAAAACAAUUUUAUUUUUUUCUAAAAUUUUUGUUUUUCUAAACUCAAUUAUUUUUCUAUUUUUUUUUAUUUUUUUUUUUUUAAUCUUUCUUUUCUAAAAUGAUUUUUUUUUCUAAAUUUUUUUCUUUUUAAAAUAUUUUUUACUAAAAUUUUUUUUUUCUAAAAUCAUUUUUUUAAAACUUUUUUUCUAUAUUUUUUUUUUGAACAUUUUUUUUCUAAACUUUCGAUAUUCUAAAAUUUUUAUUUUAUUCUAAAAUCUUUUUUUUGUUUUCUAAAAUUUUCUUUUUCUAAAAUCAUUUUUUUCUAAAAUCUAUUUUUUCUAAAAUCAUUUUUUUUCUAAAAUCUUUUUUUUCUAAAAUCAUUUUUUUCUUAAAUAUUUUCUAUAUUUUUUUCUAAACUUUUUUUUCUAAACUUUCGAUAUUCUAAAAUUAUUAUUUUGUUAAUUUUUUUUUCUAAAAUCUAUUUUUUCUAAAAUCAUUUUUUUCUAAAAUCUUUUUUUCCCUAAAAUCAUUUCUUACCAAAAUCAUUUUAUUUCUAAAACUUUUUUUUUUUAAAGCAUUUCAUUUCUAAAAUUUUUUUUUUUAAAUCAUUUUAUUUCUAAAAUUUUUUUUCUAAAAUCAUUUUUUCUAAUUUUUUUUUCUAAAAUCUUUUUUUUCUAAAAUCAUUUUUUUUUUCUAAAAUCAUUUUUUUUUCUAAAAUCAUUUUUUUUUUAAAUAAUUUUUUCUAAAUUUUUUUUCUAAGUUUUUUUUUCCAAAAAUAAAUACCUUCACUCAAGCACAGCUCCACCAAAAGUACACAAAUAUGCAUGUACAAACAUAAACUGGAAUGUUAAGACUUUAUCCUAACGAUAUACGAACAAACAUACAUACAUACAUGCAUACUACAUGCAUACAUACAUGCAUACAUAUAUCAGCUCACACAUUAUAGUUCAAUUCAAAUGCAUUUCUACAAUAGUUAGUUACGAUUUUAUUACAGCAAUAUGCCGACAAACGAAUUUCCUAUUUAGUAUAUAAACAGUAAACAAACGCAAAAGACAACAAAAACACAAAAUAAUAAGCUAAAAAGUAAAAUAAAAUGAAAUGAACUGCAGCUGGUGGCAUUUUCCGAAACCUUAAAUACAAAAAUACAUACACAUACACACAUACGUGUAUAUUGUACAAAAGCAAAUAAAUUGUAAAGAAAUGUGAAAACUCAUGCAUACAUACAUAUGUACAUAAAAGUGAUAGAGGCAAAGAAAUUAACAGUUCAUAAGUAUUAAAAUAUGUUUAAAUAUGUUUUUUUUUUUAACACAUUUGCAAUAACUUACCACAAAUAUAGCGAAAUAUAAAUAAUACGAAUUAAUACAUAACACCAAAACUCUCAACUGCCACUAAGAAAUAAUUUCAACAAAACUAAACAAAACAAAUUGAAAAAAUGUGCGAAGAUAUUUGCUUUAAGUAACAAAUGUUUUUUUUUUAAUUCCUACAAAGCUAUAGCGCUAAUGGUUUGAGAGCUGCUAAUGCGCUUAUAUAUCUGUAUUUAUAUUUGUUCAUAUAUACAUUUAUAUAUUAAUGUGGCCACCCACUUUAGUUGCAGUUUUUGCUUAAAAGCAGAUCUAGUGUAAACAAACUUUUUAUUUUGAAGUUAAACCGCUUCUAAAUCAUUUUAGUGUUCCAUGCAUUUUACAGCGAUUUUUUUUGCUUUUGCAUUUAAAUGUUUACCUCCUAAGCAGUUGAACCUAAAACUUUAAAAUAGUCAUAUUUAAAUACAAAAUUUUCCGCUCUACAAAAAAGGUUUUAAUAAUUUUUUUCAUAAAAUGUUUAUUUUAAAAGUUAUACGCAGUUAAAGUUAUGCUUCAAAUGUUUUCAAACAGGUACACCAUGUCGUAUGAGUAACACAAGUGAUUGCAAAUAGUUUGUAUACGUUGGUUUCUUUGUUUUAGUGUAAAAAGUAAAACUUCUGGCGAUGUUUACAAAAACAAAAAAUUAACUUGUGACAUAACGGUCAUCCUAAUAUAUGUAUAUAUACAUAUGUACAUAUGUAUGUAUAUAUAUCGUAUAAGCGCGUGCAGCUCUUAAACUACCCUUUUUAAACAAUUUUAUUGCCCUCGACUCUGCGCAAUUAUGUACAAAUAUUUAUUCUGUUUUGCUUUUUCGUCUUCGAGUUACUUAUAUACAUAUACAUACACAUAUAUAUAGUACUAUUAUAUAUGUAUAUAUACAUAUAUUUUCAAUUAAUUUUGCUUUUUACAUAUGAGUUCCUUUGAGCAACACGAACUAGUACCAUAAAACAUACAAACAUACAUGCAUACACACACACACAUGUACACUCAAGUGAAGCUAGCCUAGUUUUAAAGUAAUUGCAAAUCGUAAGUAAAAAAACAACAACAACAAAUACAAAAUAAAUAAACAAUGUAACUGCAUUUUUGUUUCCUAUUAAACUACAUACUAUAAAUACAACAAAUACAAAAGUAAUAGUUAAUUUACAUAUUAGUACGAGUAGCUAAAUGAAUUUAAUUAUUUAUACGAUUUUGUUUUAUAAUAUUUGUUUUUGUUUUUGUUUUUUUUAUGUAUUUGCUGAUUUAUUAAGUUAGUAUCCUACGAAGACGUCGAAAUUUUUCGUAAUUAUAUUAGUUGGAACGACAAAAAGUUGAAAUUACAAACUUUUUGUGUUACUAGUUGAGUUACCGUUAGAAAAAUAUGCUUUGCAAAGAGCGGCUAAUACGAUGAAGGCAAGCACACGGUUUAGCACCGCCUGAGAAUGGUCACUUCGACGGCAUGUCUUUAAAAAUUUCUUUACGCCACUACAACAACAACAAAAACAAGCGUAUAACCGUGAAAAGAAAUGCGAUUUAGCCGAAGAAAAUGCAUUUCGGAAUUGCAAGCGAUUUGUUUUGUAUAGAAAUACAAAAUAUUUUGAACUCAACACACACACAUACAUUUUCACCUAAUGCAUACACGCGCUGGUGUUUACGUUCAACUGAUUAUUGAAAUUAGCAUUAAGUUUUUGCGUAAAUUAAGUCUUAGCGUAAGCAAAACAGAAUAAAUGCAACUAUUAUUCAUUAAUAUUAUUGUUCUUGGCGUGAAGUGAGGUUAGUUUCUAGUUUGUUAGAGGCAUACAUACAUGCAUACAUAUGUAUAUGUGCAAAUAUGCAACAACAUAAAACAACUGACAACAAGAUUGUAUAUUAAGCAAAAAAAAUUACAACAAAAAAAAUACAACAAAAACAAAAAAAAACAAUCGUUUUGCGUUAAGCGUCAUUCGAACAUAAAUAUGCAAAAGAGCAGCAAAAAAUUAGAGAAAACAAAAAAAAAACGAUUGAUCGAAUCUUAAACUUAAUAAUUAAAAAACUUAUAUAAAUAUGUAUUACUAUGUACUCCAAUACAUACAUGCAUAUAUAAUUUGUAGCCUGCUAUGAACGCCAGCGUAGGCCCAAUGUAACAAUAGUUUAAAGAGUUAUCCUAAUAGUUGAUUAAAAUGUCAAGCUGUAUUUGUAGCGAAGCAAAGGCCUACAGUAAUAAGUAUAUAUAUACAUGCAUAUAUAUAAAGUGUAUACAUAUAUACAUAAAUAACUACCUAGUAAUAUGCUAAAAAUCAAUUCAUAUUUAUUAUUUCACAACUAAACUAACUGUACAAUAUUUAGGUGAUCUAUGAACUAAAGAAAAAAAGUAAUAAAUACAAACAUACAUACAUACAUAUAUAAAUAAAUUAUAAGUGAAAUACAUUGCGUUGUCGCAAGAAGAAAAUUACCGAAA